CAUUUUCCAUCCCUCUGGAGAAGCCUCUGUGCCUGACUGGACACCACCACUAUAUCUGGGCUGCACUGUGUGCCCAGCUUCCACCCAGGAACAUCUGGGACCAGCUGCCUCUGGUCAGAAUUUUGGCCCCUCCUGACAGCUAAGUGUGAAAGCAGGCAUUGGUAGCCUGUGGUGGCCGACAGGUUUUUGGUCAACUGAGUUCAUUAUAUUUAUUUCUCAUCACCUUUAAGACAGUUUUUUACCUUACUUGGAGCAAGAAGCCUUGAUAUCUCUAAACAGGCUGCAUUUCAGUCAACUCGGACAGGAGGUUUUAUUAGUCUCUGGAGAUACAGCCAGAACUUUUCGUUCACAUGGCAGCAGCAAACUCUUCUCCACCUGGUUCACUGGAUCUAAACCAGCCUGGGUUUGCAAAGGAGAUCCUGGGAACUAAACUGGAGGUCAAAUACCUGUGCUCUGAUUGCAAGAACAUCCUGAGGCGGCCCUUCCAGGCACAGUGUGGCCAUCGCUACUGCUCCUACUGCCUGAAGAAAAUCAUCAGUUCUGGACCUCAAAAGUGUGCCAGCUGUAUCCAGGAAGGAAUAUAUGAGGAAGGAAUUUCUAUUUUGGAAACAAGCUCGGCUUUCCCAGAUAACGCAGCACGACGGGAAGUGGAGAGUCUGCCUGCUGUCUGCAUCAACAGUGGCUGCACCUGGAAGGGAACCAUCAAAGAGUACGAGGCUCAUGAUGAAGUCUGCCCUGAAUUCCCGCUGACUUGUGAAGGCUGUGGGAAGAAGAUUCCCAGGGAGAAGUUUCGGGACCAUGUGAAGACGUGUGGCAGAUCCAAAGUACCUUGCCGGUUUGAGGCUGUGGGCUGUGCUGAGGUGGUGGAAAAUGAAAAGCUCCUGGAGCAUGAGAGGAAGUGCUUGACAGAGCAUCUCUAUAUGCUGCUGAGCUCUGUGCUCAGCCUCAAGACUGGUGCUGGGGACCCGAAACCUCUUCCUGUCCUUUCCUCAUCACAAAACAGCUCCCCACUGCUGGCAGCAAACUCACUGUGCUCAGAGUCAGAGCUCUCCCGGUCCCUGGAGCUCUUGGGAAGGUGUGAGGCCCUCGAGAGGAAAACAGUGACCUUUGAGAACAUUGUCUGUGUGCUCAACCGGGAGGUGGAGAGAGUAUCUCUGACAGUUGAAGCCUACAGCCGCCAGCACCGGCUGGACCAGGAGAAAAUCGAAACACUGAGCAACAAGGUCCGGCAGCUGGAGAGGAGCAUUGGGCUCAAAGACCUGGCCAUGGCUGAGAUGGAGGAGAAGAUCCACCACAUGGAGGCUUCCACCUACGAUGGGGUUUUCAUCUGGAAGAUAACGGAGCUGGCCCGGAAGCGUCAGGAGGCCAUAACAGGCCGCUCUCCUGCCAUCUUCUCUCCAGCUUUCUACACCAGCAAGUACGGCUACAAGAUGUGUCUGCGUGUGUACCUGAACGGGGAUGGCACCGGCCGUGGGACCCACCUGUCCUUGUUUUUUGUGGUGAUGAAGGGACCCAAUGAUGCGCUGCUGCGGUGGCCCUUCAACCAGAAGGUCACCCUGAUGCUUCUGGACCAGAAUAACCGGGAGCACAUCAUCGACGCCUUCCGGCCGGACGUGACGUCCUCGUCCUUCCAGCGCCCUGUCACGGAGAUGAACAUCGCCAGCGGCUGCCCCCUCUUCUGCCCUGUGUCCGUCAUGGAAGCCAAGAACUCCUACGUGCGUGAUGAUGCCAUCUUUAUUAAAGCCAUCGUUGAUCUCACGGGCCUCUAACCCUUCUGACCUCGGAGCAGUGAGCAUGGAACCAGCACUGCCCAGGGCAUCUCCUGCUUGUGCUGCACUUGAGGCAGGUCUCAGAGCGAGAGGGGGCGGCACAGGGGGGAAGAGCCCUUCCUGCAAAGGGACCUUUGCUCCGAGUGGAAACGAGGUGUCUGAUAGGAGCCCUCUUUCCUGAGGAGAGGGUUGGGUGGACACUGGCAGGCUGUGGGAUAUGGAAGAUUCCCUGCAGGGACUUGGGUGUCUGAACUGCUGCUGCUGUCUGGACUCCAGUGGAAACUGGAGAGAGCGCUUGCUCUACCAGUUUAGCCAGCAUCUACAGCUCUCUGUAGUAAAACAGUGGUUUGCCCUGCCUGAGCUCCACCUCCUGUGGAUUUUGGCUCAGCUGUCUAGGAUUUCCUUCUGAGAUCUCUGUGUUCCUGGAAGUUAUAUGCUGUGAGGUGCCAUGGCUCUGCACUGCUGGUUGCUCCACACCCCGGGAAACAAGGAGGGUGUGUGACAGCUGCAAUGUCAGCUGGGCAAGAAAGACACAGACUGGUUUGCUGCCGUUGGUGUGUUAGGAGGGUGCUGACCCCAGCUGCAGGCUAGGGGAGCCCUGAGUCCAGCCUUCACUGGGCGUGUGAUGGGUGGUGUCUGCUGCGGUGUGGAAUGGGGCAGGAGGUGCUGCUGCCAGGAGGGACUAAGUGGCAGCAUCAGGGAUGCCCGUAGGGAGGAAGAAGUGAAUCUGCUGUGGAGAUUGUCCCUCCUGUGCCAGGAGAGGAAGGUGACACAGAGCUCAAUAUGCACCCUGAGAGCCCCAGACCCUGCCCCCCUCUGCCCUCUGUGUGCUGAGCAGUGCUGGGUGGGAUGGGUGCCGUGCUAGGAGCUGUCUUUGCUCACAGGCAAAGGCACAGGCUCUGAACUGGCUUCGCUGCCGUGGUGGGAUAGCUCCACCAGCCUUCCCAGGGCUCUGCUGCUGUCGAGCUCCACGUCCUGGGCACUGCCACCUCAGGCAAUGGGAUGUGUCCUCUGUCCAUGCAGUGAGCACUGCUGGCCGGUCCCUGCCCUCCCACAGGGCCAGCAGCAGCUCUCCCUCACUGUUCCUCCCCAUCCCUGAGCUCAGGAGUCAUGGGCCAGGUGGCUCUUUCUCCACUCAGUGCCAUGUUGAACUUGCAGCCUGCUGGCUUGGAUCUGGCUGGAACUGGAGAAGUGAAAUGUGCUGUCCCCUUUCUGUUCAUGGGCUCCUUCCCUCUGGGCAGGAUAUGUUCAGUAACCAUGAGAAGGUCUCUCCCGGUGUUAGUGGGGAGGAACUGGCUGCCACAUCCCUGCAUAGUGCUCUCUGCAGCUUUGUUGUGGCUAUGGGUAGCUCUGGAUGGGCCCUGAUCCAGGGUGUACUCAAAGUUUUGUUGCCUCCUUUGCUUGGGCUUUCCACACCCCUGUCAGGGGCUGAAUGUGCCCCAGGAGAUGUUUUGCUGCUGACAGGAACCAGCUGUGAACACCCUGCAAUGAUCAGGGGCCCGGGCUGGCUCCUGUGGUGCUCCUUGAGCAGUAGGGCUUGUCUCUGCAGGGUCUGGCUGUCCCCCCACAUGCUGGCACUGCCCUGAUCUGCCCCUGGGGCUGUUUGGAAUGUCCCUGCUGCUGCCCAGGAACUCAGGGGUGCCCAAUGCCCUGCAGGCUGGCCUGGACCCUGGCCCAAGCUGAACCUCUUGCACCCACAGCUGCUGUGCUGGCCAGGGGCUCUCCAGACAGGUGCUGGGGUGCCCUGUGAGCUCCCUUUGGAAUUGCUGCGUGGAGCUUCUCACAUCUGUGUGUGCAGGGCCUGGGGACAGACCCAACCCCUGCUAUUGGGGCAGGGGUACAGAAGCUGGUGACAGCACAGCCUAACUGUGGGAGGGGGAUGACAGGACCCUUCCCUUUGGGCAAGCCGCCCCCCUUUCCCCUGCCAGCCUGUCCGAAGGGACAGAUCACGCCCUGUGUUGCUGCUCUCACCCUGUGCCUUAUGAGGAAAAUCCAGGCUGGCAGAGUCCUGCUCCCAUCUACAGCAGCUCCCCAGGGACACUUGGGAAACGGAAGGAAGGUUGACUCUGUUCAUAGAAUCGCUGAGAAAUAAGUUUUAUGUGGUCAGAAGCUUGUUCUGUGUUGAUCAGAAUGUCUACUGCAGCAGGGCUGGGGGUUCUGGCCAUGUGGUGCCAGGAGGGACUAUGGAGAUGCUGGCUCAGCUGGGGGAUGGGGGCUGCUUUUGGGGUAGGAGCUGGUCCUCCUGCCCCAGCACAUGUUUGGAAAGGCGUUGGGAGAGUCGGUGCUGCAGCAAAGCUCAGGCUGAGCCCUUCAGGCCACGGAGUUACUGCUGGAGGGGAAACAUGGCCUGUCAGCCCCUCCUGCUGAGAGCUUUUUCCUCCUCACCCUUCUGGUGCUGCUGCUGCUCUCCAGGCCUUUUUUGGCUUUUAGCAGCUCUGGAGCUGGCAGCAGAAUUGUGCUUAUGUGGUGCAGGCAGGGGCCCAGCCCCUUCCUGGCACAGCUCUGCCAGCCUGGCAGCCACACAGACAAGCACUGGACACGAGCCACCGCUGGAUUUUUGUGGGUUUUUUUUCCCUUUUGACCACAGCAUCUCAGCCUGGCACUGUGAACUAAGUUUUGUUUUCUUUGAGGGUGCAGUAUGGUCAGAACCACUAAUAAAAGCUGUUUGAACAGCA